AUGAAGCUCUUUCGCCUCAAGUCGAUAGUAGCCGGGGGAACGAUAUCUCUCGCCUUCGCUUCAGCAGAAAAAAGUCUACCACGUCAGAAUGGCAAGAGCCAGACUCGAGGAAACUCGGAUGGCUUUCAAGAUGAACUGAAACUGUAUCUACUAGAUAUUCCUCUACGACCCUCAAGAGGGCUGGAGCUCACGGAGCCGUCAUCGGUUGCUACUGCGGAGUCGAACAUGCAAGUAUUAUUGGAAGUUCUUGGGGAUAACGAACUGCUGAGAGGCCUUGACGAAGCGAAGAGGCAAGCGUGCGCUCAUUUGCAGGCCACAACCUGUCCAGAGUACCUCAAAAGCCCCUCAUGUGACAAAGUAAGCAUUAACGAACUACGGGACUUGCUGAUGCAAGCAGACUCUCAAAUCAGUUCUGCGGAAGGGGCUCCAGCAGCCUGUGCCGACGCUCUCCGCCGCGGACUGAUGCUUCUUGACAUCCUUGCCAUAAAAGAGCCACUCGAAGUGUUUCAGAAACAGCCCUCUGCAGGACCACGCCAUGCCCUGAAUCGCCUUUUCUCCUCUCUUAACAUGGCCUUUAAAGGGGGUGUACAACAAUCAGGUCAACAACAAUCCACUGAAACCGUCAUACCGACAAGCAGCAGCCACAGCUUCGCUGAAGAGUUCAUCGAAAUGCAAACAUCCAAGAACAAGUCGAAAACAGACCCAGAAUCCCCAAAACGGGUUGCCACUUUUGUAGGCAGUCUGGUGGGGAUCUUUAGCACCUUUCCAGGAUCCUACCUUGCAUUUGCAGGAACCGGUGGCCCAAUUGCGGAGAUGCAUGCCAUUGAGCAUGUAAAUAAUCUGCGGCAGAUGCUCCCGCCAGAGGGACUGGAGUACUCUAUGCCUUUAGAACUGUAUGCUGGAGGACGGGUAAAUAUCCGACGGCUUUGCAUGAGCUUCAGGGCACGCCGUGGUGCAGAGUUACCACUGGAUAUGCCAUGUUUGUACGAUGACACUGUUCUUGCGAGCUUGGAGGCAAGCGCCGAGAAGAACGGCGCUGCUGCCGCAGAAGAUACAUCCUUGCUGGAGUCUGCCGCGACUGCCCAACAAGAAGUGCCAUCGAGGGAAGGCAACCACAACGCUGAAUUGGACUUUUUACUGCUUAGUCUGAGAGGCGGGAAUCAGGAGGCAGCCGCACACCUCCUAGGCAAUGAUUCUGGGCCGUCAGCGUUGUGCAAAAAGGCUGUCAAGAAGCUAGGUUCGAGAGCUGCCAACGCCAGCGAAGAGAGCAUUUUGUGCUCCUCAACCUGGCAAAAGGGUGUCUGGGACAAGCAACUUCACUGCCAAGCAAAGCUCGUCAGCUUGCACUGCGCUGCGUUGGAAAGCUUGUUCGGAAUUUUUGAACACGGACUUAUUGGCCCAAUUGGCGACUUGCUAAACACUAUUGCUAAAGAAGCUGCUUGUGGAAGUGCCUCUGCAAAGUGUCCUAAAAAGGCAGUGACCAAGCAAAGUCCCCUGAAGAUAGUUGGCAAGGAACCGACUGUGCUGUCUCGGUUCCUUCCGCAAGGUCCGGUUGGAGAAGGCAUUUUUCGCAUAUUUUUCUUCCUCAGUGGCAACAAAUGGAAAAACAGCAAAGAACUCAUAAAAUGUGACGAUGGUGUAGACAACUUACUCCACAACUUUGCAGCGCUAGUGUCGCAACGUGCGACGUCCUUGCUCUUCUCCCGGUGGCUGCCGCGUACCGUACGAAAGCUCGUGAAAAAAUAUCUCGUCCGAAAUUAUUCGAGGCGGCACUUUCGCUUCCUCUUGUCGAAACUGCCCUCUGGCUUUUACUUAAAGCUUCGCUCGUGCAUCGAUAUCCUCGUCCACCCGUUCGUCUUCCUCCAUCUGAAUCAGCUGGCGUUCACUGGCUCAGAGCUGUCAGGCGCUCGAAGUCCUGCUGGCGGUCUUUCAGAAAGGCUUGAUAGUCUCAUAGCUGAGACCGCUACAGAGGGACUUCCACAGCAAUUAAAGAAAAAGCUUCAAGCGGGGCAAAGGACGAGCAUGAAGGAUUUCAAUGGGAUCAACUUUGCUCGUGUUCAUCCGCCAAAGCCAAGAACCUGGCAGGAAUACCUUAAAUUGGAGCUCGAAGACAGCAUGAUUACUUGGUUGAUGAAGCCUGGUAGUAGAGAAAGGAUAGAACACGAAUGCAGGGGAGGCAGAGGAUCUAAUAUCGUCGCUCUCUUUAGGGAUAGUUUGGACCUUCUAAGGAGUUCCGACACUGAAAAUCUCACGUUGAUUGGAAAAGUCGUCAGUCCAAAAGAGACUUCUGUUGGUAGGCCAUCGGGGUUGAAAUCCUUUGUGAAUAAACUACUGAGGCUUCCACCGUACAAGGCCCGGCACCACUCCUUUCUUGCAAUUAACGUCCGUAUUCCUGAGGCUAUUGAGUUGGUGCGGACCUUGGUCGGCAUCUACACACAGAAUAAGGGAAUGUUUGACAACCAAGAGGUCUUCAUGACAGCCGUAGUUGACCUCUUUGCGCACUUUGAAGAGAAGAACAGAAUGACCUCCGGGGGACCCCUUGGAGCAAGUUCGUUUGGCAUGGUCUUGAUGGGCGGGGAUUUAGGGCUACGGCUCUUCAAUCAGAUGCUUCCUACAACGCAAAAGAGGAUGCUGAAAAAGGCACAGUACGGAUCCCCCACUGUUUUUACCAGUCAGGUGCAACUAACAGGCAGCUUGCUUUCUGCUAGCGGCCACCAAGGUCUCGGGAUGUUCUUGCAUGCCCAGUCGGUGUACUUGGGGUUAAUGAUCAAACAAUGGAUUAAAAAGCGCAAAGAAGAUAGAAUCCGUGAAAUAAUUUCCUGGCUGACGCUGGGCUUGUUCUUCGCUUCUUCUUUGGUUCGAGUCACGGAAGGGGUCACAGAGAUCGCCAACACUGGAAAUGAAACGGGGCAAGCCAGCAUGACAACAGGGUGUCCCCCAAUAGGCUUAUGCAUGGACGACAACGGCAAUGCGUUCGUUGGUAGUCCAACAGGCUCGCCUGCAUUGACCGCUUUGCAAGCUGUCAUGAAGACUGGGAUCAUGGCGAGCAUCGCCAUAUUUGCUGGUCCUCUUAUUGCCGUCCACAACAUAGCCGUUUCUCAAUUCCUUAUUCUUAGUCGCCUGGAGAUGGUGAGUAGGAAAUGCCCUCGGAAAUACUUUCAAGCAGUUGAUAAGUCGGAUGGCGAAGAGCAAAGCCAUUACAAACAUCAAGGAAUUGUUCUCAACACCACAGGAUCGGAAGAAGUUAAGAGAGAGUGCAGCUCAAACGACCGCUAG